UUCAUUUUAUAAUCAAGAUUGUCUWUUCCAAGCUGGAUUAUUGUGGACAAUAUAUAAUAGCUCUUUUUACAGAGUAAUUCCUAGUUUUCAAGUCAGAAUURGUUGAAGUURGUGGAGAUUUUGAAUCGAUUUGAUCAAGAUCGAUUGGCGACUCGAAACAAGAUCCGAGUCAAUGUGUGAYUUAUCCGUCGGAAAUAUGAAUCAAGGCGAUCGUAUGGUGCAAGUCGAUGUACACCAACAAGAUGCAGCUACACCUACACCAGGACAGUUCAUAAUGGUUGACCGCAAUACUGGCGAGACAACCCAGGUACGCACCGCAGCUUUCACCAACUCGUCGCGCUGGACCGACGGUGAAACCCGACACUUACUAGAGAUCUGGGGCACACGAUACUCUACUCUCAGAUUCAAGAAGAGAAACUUCAAAGACUGGGAGCAAAUUGCCAAGGAAUUCAACAAACGAUGCGUCAUCAAUGGAUCGAUUGGCCUGGGACCAAGAACCGGAGCCCAGUGUAAAAUACGCAUUAAGAAUAUCUUAGCCGACUACAAGCGAACCAGGGGGGAGUAUUCCGGGCAAAAUAGCAAGCAGUUGUUUCCAUUUUACGAAACAAUCCACAAAAUCGUGAAUAAAGGCGGCCCCCUGAAUGACUCGACUAAACUCAGUGAAGAUUUAGACCAGCAAGAUGUGAAAGAGAAUAAUCAUGUCACCCUCCAACUUCCGCCGGAAGUGCAAGUAUUGGAAAGACCAGCAGAGCAAGUACAAGUACCAUCUACAGUGACAGCAGUCGUUCAAAAUCCCGCAAAUGCCGCCUUCGYUGUCCCCAGCAUGGUAUUGACGCCAUUGCCCAAUAGCAACACCGUGGCAACAACAUCGAUGGUAACCAAUCACAUAUCUCUGGCACCGCUGCAUAGCAACAUCGUAGAAACGCCAAUGGUUGAGUCGAACUUAGAUCAAAGCAGUCACGCAGCAACUCAGGUCACGGAGGUAAGCAACAAGUCUAAUAAAARAGAUCUGGUAAAGAAACCAUUACGCAAGAAUCCUCGGCCGUACAAGGUUGUUAAAUUGGCGCGAAAGGUGAACGAMGACGACAAGUUGUUGUCGGUGGUUCGGGAAUUCAUGGAGGAAAGACGCCAACGAGAAGAGGAACUUUUUGACAAGUUGUUUCAACAGCAGGCAGAAGCAGAGAAGCGCUAUCAAGAAUUCACUCUGAACGUCAUUAAAGAGAUUGGUCGGCUGUUUAGACCAGAAGCCUUUGCGAACUCGUCUUAAGAGGACACACUUUGCGAAAAUAGACUUCUGAAUCUUUUACGUCACUACUCGAACUUCAAUGCAUUGUGGGAUAAGUGAAAACAAAAGAAAUCCGCCAUGUUCCACACAUAUCCUACAAUGCAUUGCGUAUACGGUACAUGACGUAAAAGCUUCAGAGGUCUAUCUUCAUACAUGCGGAAACUGAUUUGUUUGUUUUUGUUGUUGUUUUUUUUUUUCUUAAAUAUGGAUGCAUGUAUUAAACACGUACAUUUUGGUGGCGGAAUACAUAUAAACUUUCUACUACAUGUGGACAAGGCCUAAGGCUUAUUCUCUAUUUGUAAAAAGUCGUAUCUGAAGCUUCAUCCAAAGUAAAAACAAUGAAAUAUUGUCCACAGUUCCAUUCUGAAAUCACGACUAMUGUUACCACCAGAAGACUGGAAACUAAAUACCGSCAUAUUUAAGUKACGACUUCAUAUUGU